CGUUCUCGUACUUCACAAAAAAUGAGCGACAAAUGGCAAGUUUUCUAGAAACAGAGAACAGAAUUGGGUCACAACUUAUAACGUCCUCCUCAAAACCAACGAAAGUCCAAGCUACUUCCUAAAUUCCCAAAAUGACCUCCUGGUCCGCCACCGUUGCACCACCUCUCUCACCGCCAUCUUCCGACUCCGAUUCCGAUUCCGCCACCAUCUCCGACUCCCAUCACCACCGCCAUUCCGACCUCUCUUCCACCAUCUUCAAAUCCUACCUCGAACAUUCCAGCGGCGACCACAACAACCAACAACAGCAACAACAUGACCUAAUCAAAAUCCAAUCUUUCCUCACUUCUUCUCGUUCCGGUGCCCUCUCAUGCCUCAUUUGCCUCGAAAGAAUCCGUCCUUCCGAUCCCACAUGGUCAUGUUCCUCUGGCUGUUUCGCCGUCUUUCAUCUCCAUUGUAUCCAAUCAUGGGCCGUUCAAUGCUCCAAUUUGGCCGCCGCACGUGCCGUCACGCGCGCCGCCACUCCGAAUGACAGUUCCCUUUUAUGGCACUGCCCCAAAUGCCGAGUUGAGUAUUCCAAAUCGCAGAUCCCUAAAAAUUACUAUUGUUUCUGUGGGAAACUCCCGGACCCACCUCAUGAUCCUUGGGUUUUACCUCAUUCUUGUAAUGAAAUUUGUGGGAGGCCAUUGAAGUACAAUUGUGGACACCAUUGCUUAUUGUUGUGCCACCCGGGACCGUGCCCGGCUUGUCCUAAAUUGGUUAAAUCCAAUUGCUUUUGUGGGGCUGUGGAAGAUGUCAAACGAUGCGGGUUCAAGAAUUUCUCGUGCAACGGUGUUUGUAAAAAGUUGUUGGAUUGUAAGACUCAUAGGUGUAGUGAAACUUGCCAUGAGGGUAAUUGUCCUCCUUGUAAAGCUAAAGGCAUUUAUAAGUGUCAAUGUGGGAAGUUGGAGAUGAAAAGAGAGUGUUUUGAUAGGUUCUUUAGGUGUGAAAAUCCAUGUGUUAAGUUACUUGGUUGUGGGAGGCAUAAGUGUGAGAGAGGUUGUCAUGAGGGUGAUUGUGGAGAUUGUCCACUUCAAGGGAAGAGGACUUGUCCUUGUGGGAAGAGAUUUUAUGAAGGGAUUGCUUGUGAUGCUCCGGUUUCGGUAUGUGGAGCAACGUGUGGUAAAAUGCUGAGCUGUGGAUUUCAUAGGUGCCCUGAAAGGUGCCACAGAGGCCCCUGCAUUGAAACUUGUAGGGUGGUUGUUACUAAAUCGUGUAGGUGUGGGAGUUAUAGGAAACAGGUUCCUUGCUAUCAAGAUAUGACAUGUGAAAGGAAGUGUCAGAAAAUGCGGGACUGUGGAAGACAUGCCUGUAAGCGCAAAUGCUGUGAUGGGGAUUGCCCACCUUGUUCUGAGAUGUGUGACAGGAAGCUCCGUUGUAGGAAUCACAAGUGUCCAGCUCCUUGCCACAGAGGCGCUUGUGCACCCUGCCCAGUGAUGGUCACAAUUUCAUGUUUAUGCGGGGUGACACAUUUCGAGGUUCCUUGUGGUGCAGAAGCUGAACAAACACCUCCAAAAUGUCGUAAACCAUGUCGUGUGGAUCGUUUAUGCAGGCAUGCUUCUAAUUGCAAGCCACAUAGGUGUCACUAUGGAGCUUGCCCACCAUGUCGUUUACUUUGUGAUGAAGAAUAUCCUUGUGGGCACAAGUGUGAAUUGAGGUGCCAUGGCCCUACACAACCUCCUCUUCCAGAGUUCACUUUGAAACCAAAGAAAAGGAGACCGAACAAUCAGACUGAACCUACUCCUGGUUCAUCAUGCCCCCCAUGCCCACAACUUGUAUGGAGGUCUUGUUGGGGUAAUCAUGUAGGAGCAGAAAGAAUGAUGGUCUGCUCAGACAGGACAGUAUUUUCCUGUGACAAUUUGUGUGGAAAUCCUCUUCCUUGUGGAAAUCACUACUGCACUAAAGUUUGCCAUGCCUUGGUUAGUAGUGCUUCAAAAUUAUAUGGCAGUAGAAGACCCGAAUCUUGUGAAGAGUGUACUCUUCCUUGCCAACAGGAAAGAAAACCUACUUGUCGUCAUCCAUGUCCCUUGCGUUGUCAUCCUGGAGAAUGCCCCCCUUGCAAAGCACUGAUAAAGCGUUCAUGUCACUGUGGUUCCAUGGUUCAUGUCUUUGAGUGCAUAUACUACAACAGUUUGUCCGCAAAAGAGCAACUUACUGUUCGAUCAUGUGGAGGACCAUGCCAUAGAAAAUUACCUAAUUGUACGCACCUCUGCCCGGAGAUAUGUCAUCCUGGUGAAUGUUCAUCUCCUGAUCAAUGUUCCAAGAAGGUUACUGCUCGCUGUGGAUGCCAAAAUCUGAAAAAAGAGUUGGUCUGUAAGGAUGUGCAAGCAGCCUAUAGAAGUAAUGGUACUGAUCCCAAAGAUGUAUCUAGAAACCAAUAUGGACUUGGCAUCCUUCCUUGCAAUUCAGAUUGCAGGAGCAAAGUGAAAGCUGCUGAGGGGGAGUUGCAACAUCGUAAAUCAAAAGCGCCCGAGGAAAAGGAACCUGAAACCAAAGAUAAUGUGAUGAAGCGAAGACGGAGAAAAGGACGGGUGCUCGAAGACAAGAAAACUUCAAUACUGCAGAGAAUAUUUGCUGGCAUCAAGAAAUUUCUUCUAUUUGUUAUCAUCAUAAUAGCUCUGAUUGCUUCAGUAUAUUUGGGUUAUAAAGGCCUAUUAUGGCUCUCUGAUUGGAUGAACGAAGCUGAAAUACAACGACAAAGAAGAUACUCGCGAACAUAGUUCGUCAGAAUCAACUUCAUACAGAAUUGUUUAAUCUUGGUUGAACGGCAAGGAGGAAACAUUCUUUAUUCAUUUUGGAGUUAGUUGAUAUUGGUUUUCAUAUAUGUAAAAUAGCUCACAGGACUCAGAGAAGCUUGGAGAGUGGUCUGACUAAGUUUUCUUUUUCCCUUUAAAGUGGCAAAAUACAUAAUUUACCCAUUGACCUUGCA